GUGCCACUGAACUGAAGGGGUGAACUAGAGGAGAAGAGGGUGACUGGGCGGGGAGCAGCUGCGGGAGAAGCAAAGGGACGACUGAGGGGAUAAUCAGGAGACCACUGAGGCGUGAAGUACUGGCGGUGCGAUAACUGAAGGGGUUAGUAACUGGGAGCGCAGAGUGGGAAACAGCUUGAGGGAAGAUGGAGAAGGAAGAAACAGGGAAUGAUCAAGAUGUGGGCACCAUGAUGUGGCAGGAAGCUGACUUAGAUGUUCAGAAGAAGUCAGUGCAGAUACUGAGGAAAUGGGAAUGGGAACAGGUCUGCAAAGGCACGAGAACCGAGGAAAGGCUUUUGCCCCCCAGAGGUCUCAUUGCCUUAUAAAACUGUGGGUGGUAAAAGAUUAUAGGCUUAGACCAGUGUCUUUGGAUUCUAAUGCUGGCUGCUCUCCACAGUCCAUCUGAUUCCCCAGAAGUCAGUUAUAGCUCUUUGCAAACCUUGGUGGCUUCUUAUUUUCUUUCUUGUUUAUCCAAGAUUACCUGGCUGGUGUUUAGUUGUUCUGGGGUGAUCUUCUGAUUGGAAAAGAACUAUGUCAUGGAUCAAGGAAGGAGAGCUGUCACUUUGGGAGCGGUUCUGUGCCAACAUCAUAAAGGCAGGCCCAAUGCCGAAACACAUUGCAUUCAUAAUGGACGGGAACCGUCGCUAUGCCAAGAAGUGCCAGGUGGAGCGGCAGGAAGGCCACUCACAGGGCUUCAACAAGCUAGCUGAGACUCUGCGGUGGUGUUUGAACCUGGGCAUCCUAGAGGUGACGGUCUACGCAUUCAGCAUUGAGAACUUCAAACGCUCCAAGAGUGAGGUAGACGGGCUUAUGGAUCUGGCCCGGCAGAAGUUCAGCCGCUUGAUGGAAGAACAGGAGAAACUGCAGAAGCAUGGGGUGUGUAUCCGGGUCCUGGGCGAUCUGCAUUUGUUACCCUUGGAUCUCCAGGAGCUGAUUGCACAAGCUGUACAGGCCACAAAGAACUACAACAAUGAUAUCUCUGAGUCUCUGCUUGAUAAGUGCCUCUAUACCAACCGCUCUCCUCACCCUGACAUCUUGAUACGGACUUCUGGAGAAGUGCGGCUGAGUGACUUCUUGCUAUGGCAGACCUCUCACUCCUGCCUGGUGUUCCAACCUGUUCUGUGGCCAGAGUAUACAUUUUGGAACCUCUUCGAGGCCAUCCUGCAGUUCCAGAUGAACCAUAGCGUGCUUCAGCAGAAGGCCCGAGACAUGUAUGCAGAGGAGCGGAAGAGGCAGCAGCUGGAGAGGGACCAGGCUACAGUGACAGAACAGCUGCUGCGAGAGGGGCUCCAAGCCAGUGGGGACGCCCAGCUCCGAAGGACACGCUUGCACAAGCUCUCGGCCAGACGGGAAGAGCGAGUCCAAGGCUUCCUGCAGGCCUUGGAACUCAAGCGAGCUGACUGGCUGGCCCGUCUGGGCACUGCAUCAGCCUGAGUGGGGCUGGUCACCUGCCACUUUGCCCUGCCCUCUGCCUCCAGGGCCCCACUCCCCUUCCUUUUCUUGGUGAAAGGCAUCUCCUUUCCUGAUAAUGAAUUGUGUUCCCUUUGCUUGGCUGGGGAGCGCCCCCACAGGCCAGGUCUGCUGGCCAUAGAUACCUUUGGGAUGCCUGGGACAGGCUCCUGGGGAGGAUUGAGGGUGAAAGUCUCCCACGAGUACACUAAACCCAGGUCUGGUCACCAAUAGGGUUUGGAGACAAAGGGCCCCAACUUAUCAGCUGCCUGUCUCUUAGAUGCACUUUCUUUUUCCACCAGCACAUCCUUCAACACAGAAUUUCAGGGAAGAGUUCUCCCCAAAACCCUAGCUCUUUACCCAUCCAUUUUAGCCUUCCACCCAGCUUCCACAAAAGAUUUGGCUCUACCUUGGAUCUGCUAGUAUAUAACUAAUAGGCAGCCAGUUAUUUGGGUAAGGAAAAAAAGGGGUGGGAGAGACAGAAAAUUUGCCCAUCUGCUGCUCCUCCCCCUUGGCUCUCCACCUGGGAUUUGCUAUUGAAUCUCUACCCCCCUCCCACCACGCAGUACUGAUUGCUCACUGAAAGACUCAGCACCCCCAAUGGUGUGCGGAAGCCAGGCAGGCGAUUACAAUCCAAUUACCUAUUGUCGACUCAGCCCACACAAGCUUUUCUCCUCCUCUUGCAGGGCAUGGGGCCAGGCUCCACUCCCAAGUGAGACUGGCCCCUUCCAUGGUAUAGGGUAAGAGAAGGGCCUGUAGGCCCUGGUGAAUCGAAUCCAGCACAGGCCUUCUCCCCUGUAAGACAACAGGACUGAGCAGAACCAAACACUUCUCUCAACUGACUCUGCUCCCUGCCCUCACCAUCUCAAACUCUGAUUCCCACUCCACUCUUCGAGGUUUCUCUCAGCUUUUUGAUCUGGCUCCCGAUUUAUUCUUGGCAUGGCAAAGCUUGUUCUAGGUCCUCUGCUUGUGAGGGUCAAAGCUGUGUCCUUUUCCUUACCUCCCUGUGCCAGGACUUGCUGCAGAGCUGCUGAGAGGAUUAGUGCCUUUGAAGAGCUGUCUGCCUGAGCAACUCCAUUUCAGGUGCCCCACACCGGCAAGUACCAGCCAGUAACACCAACCAAAUGCUACUCUCUUUAGUAAAGUCCAUUUUACUUUUACUUUUUGAGACAGAGCCUCACCCUAUCCGGGCUGGUCUCGAACUCAUGACCUCAGGUGAUCCGCUGGCCUCACCCUCCCAAAGUGCUGGAAUUACAGGCAUGAGCCACUGUGCCAGACUUCCCAUUUUACUUUCUGCAAGCCGUUUCCCUAGCAGCUCCCUCUAGGGGAGAGGUGAGAUCUUGCAAGCAGUAGCAAGAGCACACAGGAAACCCCUAACUUUCCUAUACCCCAACCCUCUCUUCCCCUUUCUGUCCCCGAAUACCUGGCGGCAAGAGACCUCUUGGCUAUUGUCCUUGCUCCCAGAAUCAAGCAUAAAUGCCAGACAAGGCGAUUGAGAAGCCAAUCAAUGCACCCUUUGGCAAGCCCCCAUCCACACCUGGCACUCCCCUCUACCAAUCCCUGGCACAGGGUUCCUGGAGAGCAGGUGCUGUACAUUUUCCAGCUUUACAAUGGGGCUGUUGACAGCCAUAAUUAGGAAGGCAUGAAUUAUGCGGCUGUAAUGCAGAGCCCUACAAUUAAGGCGGGAAUGAGGGGCUGGAGGCAGCAAACGGGAAUCUGCCCUGAGUGUGGCUGUUGAAUCCUGUCUCCUGGGUCUGACUUUCCGUAAUAUGAUUGGGGUACAGUAGAGGUGAUUAAUGGGGCUGGCAUCUCUCUUUGGCCUGAGGUUCUCUAUUCUGGGAAAGGUACACAGGGUGGAGUAGGGAGAAGCCGCCCCAGGAGGCGGUGUAGGGGUGGAAAGAAGAGGCAGAGAGGUCGUCGUCGUCGCCCAGCAGCAAGGGCUGCAAAACAGUUGAACUCCUGGUUGCUUUGGACAUGUAUGAUUUGUACAAGCCAGGUUCAACCGUUGCCUCAAGAAAUCAGAUGGGACCAAUUUAGUGUCCUUCCACCUGUAAGCGAAGCCCCCAUUUGAGGACAUAUAUCGUAUUGUGUUCUGGGUUUCAAAUAGAAUUUUUAAAGAUUCUUAGAUGUAAAA